UGCAAUCGAAAAUAACGGCGGGAACUAGCGGCGUCGCUUGUGUGAAUAUCAACAACGAACAAUUAAUUGAUAAAAGCAAUUGCAAGCGUUUAGUUGAGUGAAAAACUAUCUCCUAAAUUAAGUAUAUCCAAGUUGGCAAUGGAAUCACGGUUGCCGAAACCGUCGGCCCUCAAAAGGCCCCAGAUGCCAGUGAAAACCGUGCUGCCCACAGAUCGCAUUCGCGCAGGAGGUCCUGCAGGAUUGGGAUUAAUGGGAGCUGGUGGAAUUAGCGCCUUUAAUGCCAAUCAAACCUACUGCGGCAACUUGCUGCCGCCUCUGUCGCGCGACCUUAACAAUCUGCCGCAAGUCCUUGAGGGCCGCGGAGGAGCUCGUGCAGCCUCUCCCGAACCCAUGAAGAUUGGCAACCGGGCCAAGCUAAGACGAAGUAGGAGCGCCUGUGACAUCAAUGAACUGCGCGGAAACAAGAGGACUGCUGCCGCUCCUACAUUGCCCAGUAUUCCCAGCAAAGUCUCUCGCCUGGCCAGCACACUAGCUGCUCCCAGCCAUCGACCAGCUCGUCCACCGGUCAGCUCCUUAUCAACAGCCAACGCUGCUCCCAAAAGACCGCCAGUAACGCGUCCUGCUCCUCGAGCUGCAGCACCGGCAACUACCAAAGCUAAGCCCGCAGGAGGAGGAGGGGCAUCCAGCACGGGGGGUGCUGCUGGAACCACCGCAAAGCGCAUUGCCCCCUACGAUUUCAAAGCCCGUUUCCAUGAUCUGCUAGAAAAGCACAAGGUGCUCAAAACCAAGUAUGAAAAGCAGAUAGAGGACAUGGGCGAGCUGGAGUCCAUGCCGACGCAACUCGAGGAGGCGCAGAACAAGCUCAUCGAAACGGAGACUACUUUGAAGAACACUCAGACGGACAAAGAGUGUCUCCAAAGACAGGUGAAGCAGCACACCAAGAAUAUCGAGACCAUUACUUCGUCACUGGGCAGGACUAAAGAGGAGCUCUCCGAGCUGCAGGCAAUACAUGAGAAAAUAAAAACGGAGCAUGCUGCAUUGACCACAGAAGUUGUCCAUCUGCGCCAGCGCACCGAUGAACUACUGCGCAGCAAUGAGCAACAGGCCGCCGACCUGGAGACCUGCAAGGAGCAGCUGUUCCAGUCGAACAUGGAGCGCAAGGAGCUGCACAACACGGUGAUGGAUCUGCGCGGCAACAUCCGGGUCUUCUGUCGAAUACGACCCCCGCUGGACUCCGAGGAGAACCGCAUGUGCUGCACCUGGACAUACCACGACGAGGCGACCGUUGAGCUGCAGAGCAUCGACGGGCAGUCCAAGAACAAAAUGGGCCAGCAGAUCUUCUCCUUCGACCAAGUUUUUCAUCCGCUCUCCUCCCAGUCAGACAUAUUCGAGAUGGUGUCGCCGCUUAUCCAAUCGGCACUCGAUGGCUACAACAUUUGCAUCUUUGCCUACGGGCAGACCGGCAGUGGCAAGACCUACACGAUGGACGGAGUGGCGGACAGUACGGGCGUUAUUCCACGCACGGUGGAUCUGCUCUUUGACUCCAUCCGGGGCUAUCGCAAUCUGGGCUGGGAGUACGAGAUCAAGGCUACGUUCUUGGAGAUCUAUAACGAGGUAUUGUACGAUCUGCUGAGCAACGAGCAAAAGGACAUGGAGAUUAGGAUGGCUAAGAACAACAAGAACGAUAUCUAUGUAUCUAACAUAACGGAGGAGACUGUUCUGGAUCCCAAUCAUCUGCGCCACCUGAUGCACACAGCCAAGAUGAACCGGGCCACCGCUUCAACCGCUGGCAACGAGCGCUCCUCCCGUUCCCAUGCUGUCACCAAGCUGGAGCUUAUCGGACGCCAUUCCGAGAAGCAAGAGAUCUCCGUGGGCUCCAUAAACCUGGUGGAUUUGGCCGGCUCUGAGUCUCCGAAGACGAGCACCCGCAUGACGGAAACAAAGAACAUCAAUCGAUCGCUCUCAGAGCUCACCAACGUGAUCCUGGCGUUGCUGCAGAAGCAGGAUCACAUUCCGUACCGGAACUCCAAACUUACGCACCUUUUAAUGCCUUCGCUGGGUGGCAACUCAAAGACCCUCAUGUUCAUCAAUGUUUCGCCGUUCCAAGACUGCUUCCAAGAGUCCGUCAAGUCGCUACGCUUUGCCGCCUCUGUGAACUCUUGUAAAAUGUCCAAGGCAAAGCGCAAUCGCUACCUAAACAGCUCGGUGGCCAACAACAGCACGACCAGCAACAGCAGUGGCAGUUUCGAUAAAUAAAGAAUAAACUUUGUUUCCAGUUUCAACAAUUGUCAAAUUCUCUAACCUGUUAUUGCUUAAUUUAUGUGUUUACUUUUAGUGCAAAUAAACUAAUAAAGUGCUGGAAUUCAAUGCUA